GGUCAAUCCAACAAAAACAUCGCCAGGAGCCAUCAUUUCUUAGCCAACUCACAGCCAUGGUAAAGCGCAAGAGAGAGGAGAUGGCCAAGGGCCGCCAGACCGCACAGGAGCCAUCAAAGCUGGCCAAGCCAACUCCCUCGACCUCAACUGCCGACAGCCCGUCCAUUACACUGCAAAUCGUCACUGGAUCCUACGAGAGAGUCCUACAUGGCUUCACUGCCGCGGUUUCGCCUGACUCUUUUGCAUCAAAGGAUGCUGAGGAGGCUGGAAGCAGCUCCAGCCUAGUGCAGUUCGUGGACAACUUCCUUUUCGAGGCUCAUAUGUCUGCCAUUCGGUGCCUGGCCUUGUCCCCCAUGCCGAAGGCGGAUUCAACAGAAGCUCCCCAAGUUAUCCUGGCUACUGGUGCUACGGAUGAGCGCGUCAACCUUUACUCUCUGUCCGCUGCGCCCGUUGCGGUAAAUGAGCAUUUCCCGACCAUCCCGACUCUGGCUGGCAACAAAAUCCUCGAAAACCCCAAGAACCGCGAGUUGGGUACAUUGAUGCAUCAUUCGGCCCCGAUUACAGCCAUCGAAUUCCCGUCCCGUUCGAAGAUCCUUGUCGGCUCCGAGGACAAUACCAUCUCCGUCACCAAGACUCGUGAUUUCUCUGUUGUUUCCACCAUCAAGGCUCCCCACCCGAAAGUUAUGGGCAGGCCCAGUGGGGACACGGCACCUCCUGGAGGCUCUCCUUCCGGCGUUAACGACUUCGCCGUUCACCCCAGUAUGAAGUUGAUGUUGAGUGUAGGAAAGGGCGAGAAAUGCAUGAGACUAUGGAACCUGGUCACUGGCAAGAAAGCUGGUGUGUUGAACUUCAACAGAGAAAUCCUCCAGAGUGUCAAGGAGGGCAAGUGGAGUACUGGGGAAGGACGGAGGAUUGUGUGGAAUGCCAAGGGUGAUGAGUUUGCUGUUGCGUUCGAAUGGGGCGCGGUCGUCUUUGGAAUAGACUCCACCCCUAUCUGUAGAGUAUUCCCAAGCCCUCGGAGCAAGCCUCACCAGCUGAAGUAUAUGAAUCCGAAUCCUUCAUCGGAGGAUAGCGAUGAGCUGCUCGCUGUUUCGACAGAGGAUGGUAGAGUCAUUUUCUACUCUACCAAGAAGGUGCAAAAAGCUCCUGAGGGAGAUGACUCGCCCAUUCCUUAUGCGGAAGCUGUCGCUCAACUAGGUGGUAGAGAAGCAGGCUUCCCUGGUCGAGUGAAGGACUUUGAAAUCCUUAGCUUGGAGGGUCAGGCUACCAACGACGAUGAUCUUCUGGUGGUAACAGCGAACAGUGAGGGUUUGGUACGUGUUUGGCUGCUCCACGGUGGGGAUUUGACCGAGAAGGUUACGAAGAAGAAGUCCCCUGAGAAGAAAGAGAAAACCAAACAAGUUGGAAAGCUCUUGAACGAUUAUGCAACCGGGAACCGGAUCACUUGCCUCAAAGCAUUCGUGAUGUUGCCCACUGAUAAUCCCUCAACGCUAGAGGACUCGGAAGAUUAUUCUGAAGAGGAGGACGAGGACGAGAUGAGUGAAGAAGAAUCUGCCAGUGAAGAGAGCGACGCAGAAUAGGUUGCUAGUACCUAUUUGAUGAUUGUUGUCUUAUAUACCCAGCCAUUGUUGUCAGACAAAAAGGAUGUGUAAAAUCAUGAUGCUAGACUUGUUGAGAUGACAGAUGCACGCUCAAAAUCAUGCCUUA